AUGGUCUCAACGCGCUCAACGAAGAGGCGCUCUCGCAGUCCUGUCGCGAGGGCGGUUGAAAGUCGUCCGACCAAAAUCGCCCGGAAGCGGCAACCCGCCGUGAAAAAGUCGGUCAAGUCAUUCAAGGGCGUCGAGGUCAUCCUUCUAGAUAUAGAGGGCACCAUAUGCCCGAUUACAUUUGUGAAGGACACUCUGUUCCCAUACGCCCUCAAAGCGCUCCCCGAUGUCCUCGCAUCGAAGUGGGAUGACCCGACUUUCAUACCCUACCGUGACGCUUUCCCUGAACCCGCCACCUCCUCUCCCGAAGAAUUCGAAGCCCAUGUCAAAGACCUUACAGAGCGAGAUGUGAAGAUUGCCUACCUGAAAAACUUGCAAGGCUAUCUGUGGGAAAAUGGCUAUCAGACACAUGCCUAUUCGACACCUCUUUACCCUGAUGUGCUGAAGUCUCUGGACGCUUGGUCGGCCCCUCCCACAUCUGGUGCUGUUGCCAGCCCUAGCAAAGAGAUAUCUAUCUACAGUAGCGGGUCAAUCUUCGCGCAAAAGCUUUUGUUCCAACAUAUCAAAGACCCUGCUUCACCCGACGACCCCACGGCCGUUUUGGACAAGCGCGACAUCAUUAAAGCAUGGUUUGAUACCACGAACGCGGGUCUCAAGCAAGAGGCUAGCAGCUACACAAAGAUUGCGACGGAGCUGGGCAGAGAUCCGAAGGAGAUAUUGUUCUUGAGUGAUAACGUCAACGAGGUGCGUGCGGCUAUCAAAGCGGGCAUGAAGGCCGCAGUGGUGGACAGGCCGGGAAAUGCGCCUCUGUCUGAUGAGGAGAGAGAGGAAUUCGACGUAGUCGAAAGCUUUGAGGAGAUUGAGCUGUGA